AUGAAGCAGCAGACCAAAGAGCCAAAGAAGUUGGAGGACAUCAUCACCAACUUUGUGGAAGAAUGUGACACAUGCAACAAACACAAUAACAAGAAACCAUUCAAGGCCCCAGCAAGAAAAUUCCCUGUGCCUACAGCCCCCUUUCAAGACAUCACCAUAGAUUUCACAGAUAUGGGGCCAGAGAACAGAUUAGGGGGAAAAAGGUAUCUCCUUGUAAUGGUAGACAGAUUCACAAAAUGGGUUGAAGCGAUACCAAGUAAAGAUGAAACAGCACAGACAGUUGUAAAAUGGCUGAAAAAUGAACUAGUACCCAGAUAUGGCGUACCACGGACAAUAAGAUCAGACAAUGGAUCUCAUUUUGCUAACAAACAUCUACAGAAAGUAGAAGAGGCAUUAGGGAUCAUACACAGAUAUGGGUCAGUUUAUCAUCCACAAUCACAGGGAUUAGUGGAGAGGGCCAACCAGACACUGAAAAGAAAAAUCGCUAAAGCAUGCGAAGGUACAAAACUAACAUGGGUAGAAGCACUGCCGUUAGCUCUUAUGUCCAUGCGCAGUUCCCCAGGAUCCGACACACACUUAUCUCCUCAUGAGUUACUGACUGGAAGAAAAAUGCCAGGCCCACCCAGGGAUGGAGGUCAUAUCCCUGGAUGUGUGUAAACAAGAAUAUGAUGACUACAUGAAGGCAUUGACCAGUCUUACUUCAGUUUUAUCUGAACAGGUAGCCAGAGCACAGACCCCGGGAGAAGAGGAGCCCCGGAGCAGUGUCAAGUCUUUACAGUGAUGUGACCAUGGAAAGUGAUGUCUGCAGGACCCUGUCUCUCCUGUAUCCCAGAGUGCGUGCAAUACAACUGCCUCCAGGAGUUGUCGCCAUCACACAACCCAACAGCUCUACCAUGAAUGUGGGACACCUACCUAAGAAGUUUUGUAUGUACACCUACAACACAUCUUCGUUCGUUCCCAAUGUCACACAGUCGAUGUUUAACAAUCAGAGUAAGGGACUCGCUGAUGUCUGGUGGAUGUGUGGGACACAGCCCCGCCUUAGAUCAUCCUUACCUGCUAAAUGGGGGGGAACCUGCACCUUAGUGUCCCUAUUGUUGCCGAUUAUCAUGCUUCCU